AUGGCCGCCACUAUUCCCGGAGACCUUGCGUGGGAGAUCACCAAGGGACACAGCGCAACCCUUGUCAAGAGGGCGAACGGCGUGCAGUUCUCGCGCGACCCCCUCAACCUGAGGAACUUGUACAGCCGCAAGAAUGAGGGCCAGAUCGCCAACAAGGCCAUCGGCAUCAUCCCCGGCAAGGAGGGCGGUGUCACUCUGCUUGUAAAGAAGAGCGACAAGCACCACCAGCCCGCAUUCUCCACCCAGACCACCACCUUCGGUCCCUCGCGAUCAACCCGCAAGACCUUCGCCGGCAUCGUCAACUCCACCACUAAGCGCAACUACCGCCCAGACCUCCGCCAGGACGCCGUUGCCCGCGCCUCCGCCAUCCGCAAGAGCCAGAGGGCCGUCAAGGCCGACAAGCCCACCAAGGUCCGGGGCGCCAAGGCCCAGAAGGCUUAGAUGAUGAGUGGAAGAUAGGGCCGGAGUUUACUUCAUAUGGGUUCAUUUGGGUCUCAUGAUUAAGGAUGGGAUGCAUGACCGAAAAGGCUAGGUCUUCAUAGCGAAA